UAUUUUGAAUUUUUAUUUAUGUUCAUCAUAUUUCAACUCUUAUGAACUUGGAUGUAACAGUUCAUUCUUGAAUGCAAGAAGACUAAUUCCAAAAGCAACCAAGCUACGAAGCAAUUGCGGUGGCGAUGUCGAGAAAAACUUAUGUCAAACUUUGUCGUGGGGAGGAUGAUUGGAAUCAACUAAAAUUGUGUUUUGUCAGAGCGUUUUUUGGAUACCCUUUGUUUGAAUAUGUGAUGCCAGAACUAAACAAACGAGAAGAGUUUCUUAGGAGAUAUUUGGAGGCUCACUACGAUGUCACUGUUAGAAACGGAAACUCACUGCUUGUUUGUGUUCACUUGAUGCAAGAUAAUGAAAGUAAUUCAACCAAUGCAAAACAGAAGGAUGAGACGUCAUCUAGAACGAAGAUAAUUGGUGGUGUUCUGCUUACUGCUCCAGCAAAAGAUGGUAUCGGAUGGGAACAUGAAGAUGAUGACGUUUACGAACAAGCCUACAGAAAAUUCCGACUGCAUGAAGUUGAUGAAUUUGCUUUUGAAAGAUUGAUUAGUUUUGAAGCCUGGGAGACGAAACACAUCAUAAGCAAAUUAUUUGCUUUACAUGUUCCAAUUUGGAAUGGAGUAUUCUGCGCCAUUGAUCCUUUGUACGCGAAUGCUGGUGUGGGAACAAUGAACUAUGCAGACUGUAUGCAAAUCGUUGUUCAAGCUUAUAUGAGAAGCCAGGAUAGAAUUCAAAUGCCUGUAAUAGCGAGAAAAAGAAACACGACGGAAACUGAAAGUUGUACUUUACGUGUAGUUGAUAAAGUGAUGCCUACUUGCGACAGUAAAGAACAAGCAAAAUACAUGAAGCCCACAAACUCCAUGUUCCAGAACAAUAAAUUUUGGGCUUCAAUUAUUCACAGUUUAUCAUUGCUCAGCCAUCACCAUCGUCCAUUACAAAGUAGGUUUUACGAAAAGGCAAAACAUUCAUCUAUAACUUCGACGAAAGUAUGCUGUAGGAAGAUAGAAAAUGUUCCCUUGAUGAUAAUGCUGAGUCAAAGUCAGCGUGCUGUUGAGUUUCAUAAAAGAAAUGGGUUUAAUUGUGUUUUAACACAGCAAUUUGAAGAACCAGUUUUAUUUGACGAUUGCGCUGUUCAAACAAUCUUAGCGGAAUACGUACUUGUGUGCGACUUAUUUGGCAGAGGUAAAUUAUCAGAACUGUUCCACGAAUUCAAUGAUAAUUAAAAAUCUUUGUUUUGUACGAGACAGCAUUUUUGUCGUUAGGUGAUGCUAAAGAGAAGUUCGUCAACCAAAAGUCACAUUCCUCUAGUAGUGACAAUGUUGCGCAUACUAUGGGAGAUGGGACUUCGAUUUUUUGGUAGCAAAAAUCAAUUGUCCUAAAAUCGAACCUUUAUAGUCUUAUAUAUAAGCAUGGCCGUAAGAAUUGCUAGUCAAAAUCGGAUGCGUUAUUGAAAUAUCUUAACAAACGUGCACAAAGUUUGAUCAAAUUAACCCGAACCCGUACAUUAAUAAUUAGGCGCAAUAUAAUAAAAUUUCCUAUCUUGGCGUAUCGGUUCUAGUUAAAUCUAAUAAACUGCACCACUAAACGAAUUUCCCUUUUGAUGUUUGAUACAAACUUGCUCGAACUUUUUAUUAGUUCAAUUCCCAAGCCCUCAUUGUUGCGGUCCAUUGAAAUUCUAAGACUACGUAAAAUUGACCUUAAUACAUGCAGGAAAUCUGACGCUCUAAAAAAUGGAAAUGAAAAUAUUGCAAUGUGAAAUUAUUAUUGAAGAACACUAUGGAAAAUCAACGACCCAUACCCCAGACUUCAUGCCGAUUGACCUCUUAAUAGUCCAUUUUUAGAACACAUCAAAUUUUUGUUGCACCAAUUCGUAACUUGGCAUCUUUCAGGGAUGCAUAUUAUUUACCGUAAUAAAAUAGGAGUAAAUUUUUUUUCGUUUCGUUGUUUUUUAAAUCUAUAGACAUUUUUUAUACAUGGGUAGGUGCUUGGCCGAAUGAAGGCUUAGGUGACUUUACCGCAUGAUAUCAGUGAAUUUGUGGCAUUUUUAACAUUGUAUAGAAACCUAAAUGUCAGUCACCAACUUAUCCGAUUAGGAGUGUUUGAUAUUUCAUGAUAUUUUUCACGCUUACUUAUAUUUCCAUAAUCUGAGCAUUGAGUUUCAAUUACCCAUGCACUGACCGCAAACAGCUUUGUUGUGGAUUAAGAGACGAGGAUAAAUGUGACUUAAAUGUUUCGAGACAAGCUUUCUGCAAUGGCAAUCGAGCAAAACCAACACACGGACUUUUAGUGUAAUUUCCUAUUGCAACAAAGGCAGGAAAUUAUACUUAUUAUGUGUGAAAUGAAGGAAAUAAUGUCUCAUGUUGUACCAUCUCGCUCAAUCGAUGGUACACAGUGUUAUAAUGCUAUACUCUCAUAAGAUAUGUUUCAUCAAUUUUGCUCAAUGACAUUUUA